AUGGAUACCCAGGUUGAUUGUGACUUAACAGAAGAAAUUAAAGAAGCACUACAAAACAAUGAUCUGCUUCUAGUUGCUGAAAAGAUCCAGAAGUAUUUGGACAAAUGUAGUACUACUCCAAUGAACAUUGCCAUCACAGGAGAGUCUGGUUCUGGUAAAUCAACCUUUGUGAAUGCUCUCAGAGGCAUAGACAACAGGGAUGAGAGAUCAGCCCCUACUGGUGUUGUAGAGACUACCAAAGAGGUUACACCUUACCCCCAUCCAAACUAUCCUAAUGUCACAUUAUGGGAUCUCCCUGGUAUUGGCACCACCAGUUUUCCUGCUGAUAAGUAUCUGGAGCAUGUUGGAUUUGAUAAGUUUGACUUCUUCAUCAUCAUCUCUGACACUCGCUUCAGAGAAAAUGAUGUGAAGCUCGCUCAGGAGAUUCAGAAGAUGGGGAAAAAAUUCUACUUUGUUCGCUCAAAGAUCGAUAAUAAUUUACGUGAUGAGGAAAGAAGUCAGAAGGAGUUCAAGGAGGAAACAACUCUGGCAAUAAUCAGGGACAACUGCACUAAAGGUCUUCAAAAACUAGAUAUUGAGGCUCCACAGGUCUUCCUGGUGUCCAACUUUGAUCUCCACCUGUAUGAUUUCCAUCUGCUACAGGAGACCUUAGAGAGAGAACUUUCUGAACACAAGAGGAAUGCUCUGCUGUUGGCUGUGCCCAAUGUCAGCCUGGAGAUCAUCAACAAGAAGAAAGAGGCUUUACAGGCCAAAAUAAAAUACUAUGCCUUACUAUCUGCAGGUGUAGUAGGUGUACCAGAUCCUGGGAUUUCUUUAGUUGUUGACAUCAACAUGAUAGUUGGUGUUGUUACACAAUAUGUAUUUGCAUUUGGUCUUGAUGUCCCAUCACUGAACAGACUUGCUCAAAUCACAAGAGUGCCAUAUAAGGAUCUGAUCAAUGUUAUCUUGUCACCACUGGCUGCAACAACAACAACCACUGAUCUCAUCAUAAAGGUGUUACAGAGUUUAGGCAGCACAGCUGCAUUAAUAGAAGCAGAGGAAGUGUCCAGAUUGAUUCCAAUAUUUGGAAUCCCUGCAGUAAUGGCCUUCUCUUUUACCUCCACAUACAGAAUUCUGAGCACUUUCCUCAACACGCUCGCUGACGAUGCACAGAGAGUGUUUAAGAAGGCCCUGGGUCUGAACACCUCAGUGUGA